GUGCGCGCACGCGUCUCUCGUUUUCUUAUAUCAUCACUCUCUCGUUCUCUCGCUCUCUCUCCCUCUCCCCGUCACACUCUCGUGCUCUCCCUCCCGCACACACUCCCCUGCCUUUACACUCCGACUUUCCACGGGAAAAGUGCAUCAUCUCUUCUCUCUCUCUCUCUCUCUCUCUCACUCCUUUUCUUCUCCCACUCUCCUUCCUCUUCUCUUCUCUCCGUGAUUCACUCACCUUUGCUCCAGAGAGACCAGUCCCUCGCUGCUCUGCCUCCCACCUCCUCACGAGAAGACCCCUGGGGGGGAUGAUGUCCGGAGGGAGGCCCAGGACGGCGGCCCCGCGGCUGCCUUGGAGGUCGCUGUUGGCCGCGUAUCUCUGCCUGGUGCUGCUGAUAUGUGCUCAGGGGCUCGCCGAGGGGCGCCGUGCCUCCAAAAUCCCCCGCUGCCCGGCCACCUGCUCCUGCACUAAGGACAGUGCUUUCUGUGUGGACACCAAAGCCAUCCCCAAGAGUUUCCCACCAGGAAUCAUUUCGCUGACGAUGGUGAGCGUUGGCUUCAGUGAGAUCCCUGAGGGAGCGUUCUCACACCUGCACCUGCUGCAGUUCCUGUUCAUUGAAAAUAAUGACAUCCAGACUCUCUCCAAACACACCUUCAGAGGCCUGAAGUCAUUGACGCAUCUAUCUCUGUCUAACAACAACCUGCAAGCCUUACCCAGAGAACUCUUCAAACACCUGGACAUCCUCACUGACCUAGACUUGCGAGGGAACUCGUUCCGCUGCGACUGUAAGAUCAAGUGGCUCGUGGACUGGAUGAAGAAGAGUAACACUUCCGUGCCAGCCAUUUACUGCGUCAGUCCCUUCGAGUUCCAGGGCCGCCGCAUCCAGGACCUCACCCCGCGAGACUUCAACUGCAUCAGUGCGGAUUUCACAGUGUACGAGACCUACCCGUUCCAGUCUCUGUCUGUGGAGUCAUACGAGUUUAACGAUGACCAGUACGUGGUGUUUGCACAGCCAAACACUGGGAUCUGCACCGUUUUCAUCUGGGACCAUGUGAACAUGCUCUUCAAAACUCAUUACAACAUCACAUCUCGCUCUGCGGUGUAUUGCAAACCUGUGGUUAUCAACAACACUCUCUACAUGGUUGUAGCCCAACUCUUUGGAGGAUCCCACAUUUAUAAGUGGGAGGAAGAUCCUUUGCGGUUUGUCAAAAUCCAGGACAUCGACACCACCCGUGUACGGAAGCCCAACUUCAUCGAGACCUUCCAGAUCGAUGGCGACUGGUACUUCGUGGUGGUGGACAGCUCCAAAGCCGGCUCCACCAGCAUCUACCACUGGAACAGCAAUGGGUUUUACUCCCACCAGUCUCUCCACCCAUGGCACCGCGACACGCACGUGGAGUUCCUGGAGGUGGAAGGCAAGGCCCGGCUCAUCCUCUCCAGCGCCACACAGCCCCCGGUUCUGUACCAGUGGAACCGCAGCCUGCGCCAGUUCACCUACCACUCGCAGCUCACCGACACGGCUGACGUGCAGAUGGUCGAGCACUUCUGGGCGCGCAAAUCGCUCUACCUCUGCCUGACGCGCUUCAUAGGUGACUCCAAGAUCGUGCGCUGGGAGAGCCAGCGCUUUGUGGAGGUGCAGGUGCUGCCGUCGCGCGGGACCAUGGCGGUGUACCCCUUCACCGUGGGCGUCAGGCAGUACCUGCUUCUGGGAAGCGACUACUCCUUCUCCCACGUCUACCUGUGGGACGAGCUCACGCAGAGGUUCCGGACCUUCCAGGAGCUCAACAUGCUAGCGCCGCGCGGCUUCAGCCUGGUCUCCGUCGACAACAAGGAUAUCGUGCUGGCCGCCAGCUUUAAGGGGAAGACUAUGGCCUAUCAACAUCUGGUAGUGGACCUCAGCGCCAAGUAGACACUGAAUCGCAGAAUCGCAGGACCCGGUCGGGCUUCACCCUCGGAGCAUCAGCGGGUCCGCCCGCUUGCGCCAUAAAUUCCGCCGAGGUCGUGGAGCUCGGACUUCAGGUCUUCCCGCCGGCUGUUCCGGUUCCCAUUUUAAUCUGGUGAAAAUCCCUCCUGACAGGAUGCCAGGUCGCUUCCUUGCCCUUCACAAACGCACUUUCGCAUCCUUGGACAAAUCUGUACUGGACAUGAGCUUGUAAUUGGGAAGAAAUGUGAGGCUGCGUGUAUGUGUAAAUCACCCUCGUCACUGCAAACAAAACCAAUGUCCAGGAACCACAGACAACGACCGUUCACCACCGAUCCUGGAAGUCACACGCCGUUAAUAACAACUCAUAUGUAUCGUUUCCUAAUAUUAAAACUUUGUGAGUGCUCUAUUAACCCGACUGACCUCGGAGUUCAAAACUGUAUCUUUUUCUGUCCAAUAACUUCGUCCUCCUCAUGCAGACUUGCCAUGUGUUAUAUCUCAUGGAUAUGCAGGAUUAAUAGCUAUACCGAGAGCCAGGUAUUCAGGUUUUGUGUGCUGAACAGCCAUCGAAGCGCUUGCAGGAUGCGUUUGGUGCACUGGACGGUUAUAGAACCAAUAUUUUGCUUAUUCACAUUCUCAUAGGGGAUUCCUUAGUAAUAAUUACAUUUAUUUCAACUUCAAGCUGAUGUAGGUUGUUGUUGUUUUUUUUAAAUGACUUAAACCAUCUUCACAUCCUGAUGACUAUAACCAAAUUUCAUGCUUUGAGGAAAAAAAAAGACUGUGAUUGUCUUGAGCUCUGUAAUAAGCACCUAAAAACCUGCUCACAGUCGGGCUGCAUUAUCCAGUCAGGUAACCAGACUACGAGGAGGCAGUCUCCUCUGCAUGUCAAAUACGUUGCACAUGCACACAGCGCACAGAAAGGUAGGCUAAGCGCUAAGCCUGCAUGUCUUUGGCAACAGGGUUAGGGAGAGAGCAAGAACCUUACAUCAGUUACAGUAGCUUUAACCAUGGUUUAUUAUUAGCAGUCGAUGCACAGAAAAUCCCCCACGACCAAACACGUCCACACCACUAAGAACUAAGGCUGUGCUGCACUGCAGAUUUCCAACUUGCUACUGUACACUGGCACCAUUAUGAUCUCUGAAAAUACAUUAACCUUGUUUUCCUUUGCAUGUAUGUUUGACUGAGCAUGGGGAUUUAAAUACAGGAACCAUGACUGACAUGGAAGUUCAUAAACAUUCAGAAUGUUUAACAUUUAUAACAUUUAUAUGUGUGUGAUGCUUCUAUUAUGCCAUGUUGCAUCAUACUUCUGUCUGUGAUGCAAAAAAAUAUAUAUUUCAAGUAUAUUUCA